AUGGAGAAGGAAUCGAGCAAAAGUGCAAGUACUCCGAUGUCGGAGAUAUUUAAUGAGAGAACAUCAAUUCGCAGUACGUACAGCUACGAAUUCAAUGAUAGAAAGUCUGUCAUGGCUGUGGAGUCCUGUUUUCAAAAGGUUCCUAAGAGGCAUAUAUUAGUGUUUCUAGCGUUUCUAGGAUUCUGUAAUGUAUAUGCAUUAAGGGUCAAUUUAUCAGUUGCCAUUGUUGCUAUGACAAAUAACAAGACUAUGAUAAAAGGAAAUGAAACCGUAAUAGAGCCAGCAGAUUUUGUCUGGGACAGCAAAGUACGAGGUAUAGUUCUUGGAUCUUUUUUCUAUGGUUACAUUGUGACGCAGAUCCCUGGAGGCUGGUUUGCUAACAAGUUUGGUGGAAAAAUCAUCUUUGGUGGUGGUAUCCUAGGAACAGCACUGCUUACUCUUCUAACUCCCAUAGCAACCAUGUGGAGUGUGUAUUUCCUUGUAGGAAUCAGAGUACUUCAGGGCUUGUUUGAGGGUGUAACAUAUCCCGCUAUCCAGUCAAUAUGGAGUAGAUGGGCACCACCAAUGGAAAGAAGUAAACUAGCUACGUUUGCAUUUGCAGGUUCUUAUGUUGGUACUUUUUUGUCCAUGCCAGUUUGUGGUUUGCUGGCACGUGAAGUCGGUUGGCCAUCCAUAUUUUAUGUAUUUGGGGGUAUUGGAGUCCUGUGGUUCAUUGCAUGGUGGUACUUUGUUGAGGAUAAACCAUCAGAACAUCCCACAAUUGGACAUUUAGAAUUAAAUUAUAUACAAGACACCAUUGGAGCCAUUCCUGAAGCCCAAAUGACUAGACCACCUAUUAAGAGUAUGUUAUUAUCGUUACCAGUUUGGGCUAUUGUAGCUGCACAUUUCAGUGAAAACUGGGGAUUCUAUACUAUGUUGACUGAUUUACCAAUGUUCUUCAAAGAAGUUCUUGGAUUUGAUCUCUUUCAGGCUGGUGUCAUGUCAGCAUUGCCUUACAUUAUGAUGACUAUAUCAGUAAUUAUUGGUGGACAAAUAGCUGAUUAUUUACGGUCUAAUGGAUACCUAACAACUGUACAAGUUAGGAAGCUCUUCAACUGCACUGCAUUUGUAUUACAAGUGGUUUUUAUGGUAGCUACUGCUUACACUAAAACAGCAGUGGCUGCAGUAACAUGCCUUACUAUUGGUGUUGGGUUUGGUGGAUUUGCUUGGGCUGGAUUUAGUGUUAAUCCACUUGACAUCGCCCCUCAGUAUGCCAGUGUUAUCUUUGGUAUAUCUAACUGUAUAGCUACGAUACCUGGAAUUAUAAGUCCGUCUAUUACAGGUGAAAUUGUCACACAUGGGACUGCAGCAGAGUGGCAGCAAGUAUUUUACAUCGCUGCCGCAAUGUACUUAAUUGGAGCAAUUAUUUAUGGAAUAUUUGCGAGUGGAGAACUACAACCAUGGGCUGGCACACCAGAAUAUAUUGUCUUCCCAGGUGAGGGCACUGCUCCUAUCAAUCAAGCGGAUACGGAGGAAGAAGAAGAAGAAGAUGAUGAAGAGGAAAAUAAGUUAUCUUAA